AUGAGCUCCUACAUCCCCAAGGUUCAGGAUGGCCCUGUUCCUCUACCCACCCAAGGCGCACACGGCGAGGACGAUAAGAAGACCGCAACAGCAACUUGUUACUGUGGAACCGUCCAACUCGAAUUCGUAACCGAGGGCGAACACUUCGUGGAUACGUUCAUCUGCAACUGCACCGACUGCCGCAAAAUCACAGCAUCUAUGUUCGCCUCCAACUUCAUCAUCGCAGACCCAGGGGUCAAGCACCUCCGCGGCGAAGACAAACUCACGCGCUACGCCCAACGCAACACCAUCAAGUCCGGUUGCGAAAUGGCGAAUUACUUCUGCUCCGUCUGUGGGACGCUGAUGUACCGCGUCGGAACGGGUUUCCCCGGGAACAAGGUCAUGCGAACUGGAACGGUGGAUGAUUAUACUCUGCAUGAGACCAAGUUGAAGCCGAGAAUUGAGCAGUUUACUAAGGAUCGGGUGGCGUGGUUGCAGGGUGCGGAGGGCGUGCAGCAGGAGAAGGGGUCGUUUUACAACGGGAAGGAGCCGGAGAAGUGAGGGAGGGAGGGAGAGAAGAAGAUAGGGGGUGGUGGUGUGGUGAAUGUAUGCUUAGGUAGAGAGGAAAAAGGUACUGUGUAUCUGUCUAUCCAUGUCUCCAGGGUGUAUUUUAGGAGGAUGGUGGACAAACAGACCAAAUCAAAAUUUGAUAGAAC